GUCUCCUCACUUUCUCUCUCUUCACACCCACCACCACACUCCCAGUCACCCCACUCUCUCUCUCUCUCUCUCUAGCAGUUCUCAGUAACGGACGCCUCUUUAUUACUCUCUCUCUCUCCGUUUUCUGCUGCUUUCUCUCACUUUCUCUUUCGGUUCAAGAUCUUUUUUAUUUCUUUUCUGAUUCUCUCUUCAGAAAAUGGGGAGCUGAAAUUUGGGGUUUUUUUUUCCCUUUUUUCUCUCUGUAAUUUUCUCGGAACAUUCGCGUCGCGUGCGUCGCUGCGGAGUUUCCGAUCUCCGUUUCUUCCCUUUUUUUGCUUUGUUAAAUUUUCAAUUUUUGGGGUUUUAAUGUAUGAAAAUGGAGAACUUGCGGCCUCGGAGGUCUAAGGUGACCAGCAUUGCUGAUAGGAGCUUCGAAGGAGGACGACUCGCCUCCUCCGCUGAGCGAGCUUACAGAGGAAACAGGCAGGUUCAGAAACAGAAACACAUUCCGAAAUUUGCCUCUGAUUUGAGUUCUUGCAGUAGUGGCUCUACCGGUGACGACUCGUUCCCCUUUGAAUUGGGCUGGAGAUCCUCACAGCAAGCUGUUGGAACUCCAAUAAAGAAGUUAUUAGCUGAGGAGAUGGUGAGAGAAAUUGAACCCAGAAGGAGAUCACCAAGCGUAAUUGCCAAAUUGAUGGGUCUUGAUGGGCUGCCACCUCAGCAGCCUGCUCAUAGACAGCCAAAAGGCAUUUCGGAGAAUUAUUUUCAGAAGUCAAGAUCGGAAGAGACAGAGCACAGAAAAAGUAUGUCUUAUGAACGCCGCUUGUCCAGGAAGAACUCAAGGGUGCAGCAAGAAUUCAAGGAUGUGUUUGAAGUUUAUGAAACUUCAAAGGGUUACUCAUCACGAGGAACUGCUAACACAAAGCUCAGUGAUGCUGAAAUGGCUUUUGUUCGACAGAAGUUCAUGGAUGCAAAACGCCUUUCAACUGAUGAGAGGCUACAGGAUUCAAAGGAAUUCCAUGAUGUGCUUGAGGUGCUGGAAUCUAACAAGGAUCUUCUAUUGAAAUUCCUUCAGCAACCAGACUCAUUGUUUGCUAAACAUCUGCAUGAUCUGCACGGUGUUCCUCAAUCCCAUUGUGGUCGCAUAGCAUCUAUGAAGUCACCAGAGGCUCAGAAGUAUGAAAACAUUGACCUUGGUUUCACAUCAGCGAGAGAGCGGAAGCAUUGCUCUGAAUCUCCGCAGAAGCAUCACGAUUCUUUUCCUAGCCAUUCUGACAGUAGACAUGCUGGUCAUAAUCCUCCUAAAUCAUCUGUAAGCCGACCGGAAGUGAAAAUUGAAUCUGCCAUUCAUCCUACAAGGAUAGUUGUUCUGAAACCAAACCUUGGGAAGGUGCUGAAUGCUACCAAAACAUCACCAUGUUCUCCUCAUUCUUCUAUGUUAGAUGGAAGCAAACACACUGAAUUUCCGAGCAUUAGAGAUAGGGAGGCAGAAUCACGGGGAAGGAAAAAUGUCCAAGAUAAUGAUGGGCAUCUGAGGCACAAGUCCAGAGAAUCUAGAGAAGUUGCCAAGGAAAUCACAAGGAAAAUGAGGAAUAAAUUUCGCAGUAAUUCUGUGCGUCUUUCCUCCUCUGGUUUGAAAGGAUAUGCUGGUGAUGAGAGUUGUUGUAGCAUGUCUGAGAAUGAAUCUGCAAACGAGUCAGAGGUGAUGUCGGUGUCUUCCAGGCAUUCAUUUCACAUAAGCAACCACUCCAGGCCUUCAUCAUCAUGCUCUACUGAAUCAUCCGUGAGUAGAGAGGCCAAGAAGAGGCUCUCGGAGAGGUGGAAGAUGACUCACAAGUCCCAAGAAGUGGGACCUGUUAGCAGGGGCAGCACACUUGGUGAAAUGCUUGCUGUCCCAGACGAGGAAACGCAAGCUGCUAAUUUGAAUGCCAUGAUUGGCGAGGCAGGAUUCAGAGAUACGUUUUCUACUGAAGAUGCACCUGCACGGUGGGGUGGACCUCUGGGUAUCAGCAGUAAGGAUGGUUGGAAGGAUGGAUGCAUCAAUAGUUUAUCAAGAUCAAAAUCUCUUCCUUCUUCAUCUACUGCGUUUGCAAGUUUUAAAACAAGUAUGUGGUGUGAAACUGUACAUGAUGACAAGUAUCUGAUGCCAAAGGAGACAGUCCUGCACGAAAGACACCGCACAGUAACUGGUCAUCUUGAUCUUAGAGAAGGUGGCCAUAAACUGUCUAGAUCCAGCAACAAAAUUUCUUAUUUGUCUCACUCCUUAAGUAGGGAAGCUAUUGACAUUUCACCUGAAACUCAUACUACUGAGAAUAAAGAUAGAACUGACUUUGAAGGGAACAAUCAAACCCAGCAGAAUGUUGCAGUCUUUAAGUCACCACCUCGUAAUGCUUUGGAUACAAGUCCAGUUUCAUGCAAAUUUGGUGGAUGUGGAUGCAUCCAUGCCUUGUGAAACUCCUGAUGUGUUACUUCCAGAAUUAUCAUCUCAUAUGUCAGCAGAAGGUGAUUCUUCUGGUAGUCACCAAGAUAACCUAAUUCCCCAGGAACCAUCAAUCAGGCCCCCUGAUGAACAGGCAGUCCCCUCUAACCAUUCCGUGCCUGGAAUCGAAUCUCCUGCAAGCUCCAAGGAAGCUGAGCAGCCCAGUCCGGUUUCAGUUCUGGAAGUUCCUUUUAGUGAUGAUGU